UGAGGUAAGAACACCCUCAGCAAAGAAAAAGCANGUUAUCGAUAUCGCCUAAUUCUAUAGCCCGAAGCUCAUUGGAGGAAAUGCUCGAAUCCCUCCGGCAAAGGGACGAAAAUGAGAAGCCGAAGGACAUCCCACCUGCUCUCCCUGCACGGCCCAAGCCCACCUCGCGGGCCCGCCUUCCUUCCGCCAAGCGGCCAUUGCCCACGAGUUCUGGAGUUGAGGAUUUUGGGCCGAGCCUCAAGGCAUCGUUAAACGGUAAUUUGAAGAAAGAUGGCUCGAAAGGGACUGUUCGUAACAGUUUCGGGGCUAAAACGGUGAAGGGGAUGGAACCAAGGGAAUCACCGUAUCUUAAUUCGGUAUCGGAAAAGAAAGUAGACGAGCAAAAGUUAGUUGGAAACGAUGACGUGAAGCUUGCUUGCUCGACCAAUGGGUGUUUCCCUAAGUUUAGGGAGUCUGAGUGGGAUGACAAUCUCGGGUAUUUCAUCAAUAAGAGACUUCGUGUAUGGUGUCGGCCAAAUAACGGCCCAUGGGAAUUAGGGCAGAUACAAUCAACUUCAGGGCAGAAGGCUUCCGUCUUGCUGUCGGGUGGAAAUGUCGUGACAGUUCCCAAACAGAAUCUCCUACCUGCCAAUCCAGAUAUUCUUGAAGGGGUAGAUGAUCUUAUAGAACUUAGUUACUUGAACGAGCCUUCAGUUCUUCACAAUCUUCAGUAUAGAUAUUCAAAAGACAUAUUAUAUAGUAAAGCAGGCCCUGUUUUAGUAGCAGUCAAUCCUUUCAAAGACGUGUCGCUAUAUGGAAGUGACUUUAUUACAGCUUAUAGACAGAAUCUUCUGGACAGCCCUCACGUGUAUGCAGUUGCUGACAAAGCUUACAAUGAUAUGAUGACUGAUGAAAUAAACCAGUCCAUUAUCAUAAGUGGGGAAAGUGGUGCUGGGAAGACUGAAACAGCUAAGAUUGCCAUGCAAUAUUUGGCUGCACUUGGCGGAGGUGGUGGAGGAAUAGAAUCUGAGGUCCUCCAAACGAGCUGUGUUUUAGAGGCCUUUGGUAAUGCUAAAACAGCCAGGAAUGAUAACUCCAGCCGAUUUGGAAAGUUGAUCGAAAUCCACUUUAGCGCUACUGGAAAAAUAUGUGGUGCUAAAAUACAGACUUAUAGGUUGAAGUUGAAAAGGGCUUCUGACUACAGUUAUCUAAAUCAAAGUGAUUGCUUGGAAAUCCACGAAGUUGACGAUGCUCACAAGUUUCAUAUGCUUAUGGAAGCCUUAAAUACCAUCAGAAUCAGCAAAGACGAUCAGGAACAUGCCUUUGAGAUGCUUGCUGCAGUAUUGUGGCUGGGAAAUAUAGAAUUUCGUGUUGUUGAUAAUGAAAACCACGUGGAGGUCAUUGAUGAUGAAGCUGUUAUCAAUGCUGCUGGCUUGCUUGGCUGUGCUACUCAUGAAUUAAUGCUUGCUCUAUCAACUCAUAGCAUUCAAGCUGGAAAAGAUAAGGUUGCCAAACGGCUCACUCUACAACAGGCAAUUGAUACAAGAGACUCGUUAGCUAAAUUCAUCUAUGCGAGCUUGUUCGACUGGCUGGUAGAACAUGUCAAUUACUCGCUUGCGAUCGGCAAACAGCACACUGGAAGAUCCAUAAGCAUACUAGACAUUUACGGUUUUGAAUCUUUCAAGAAAAACAGCUUCGAACAGUUCUGCAUAAAUUAUGCUAAUGAGAGACUCCAGCAACAUUUUAACCGACACCUGUUCAAACUUCAGCAAGAGGAGUAUGAAUUAGAUGGUAUUGAUUGGACAAAAAUAGAGUUUGAAGACAACCAAGACUGCUUGGAUCUCUUUGAGAAGAAACCUCUUGGGCUGAUUUCUUUAUUGGAUGAAGAAUCACAUUUCCCCAAGGCUACAGAUUUAACCUUUGCCAGUAAACUUAGGCAGCAUUUGGACUCGAAUAAAUGCUUUAAAGGAGAAAGAGGUGGAGCAUUCAGCAUUCGCCAUUAUGCUGGAGAGGUUCUUUACGACACGAAGGAAUUCUUGGAGAAGAACAGAGAUCCUCUGCAUACUGAAAUAAUUCAACUGCUAUCUUCAUGUACGAGCCAUUUGUCACAGUUAUUUGCUUCCAUGCUUAGAGAGUCCCAGGCACUGGCAAGCCCAUCGAUCAAGUUCGGAUUUUUAUCUCGUCAGAAACAAAGUGUUGCCACAAAAUUCAAGCGCAUUUUUCUAUUGCUGGGCAUCUUAAAGACUUUCACUUUGAUGCAGGGCCAGCUGUUUAAAUUAAUGCAGCAGCUUGAAAGCACAACCCCACAUUUCAUUCGUUGUAUAAAACCGAACGGUAAGCAAAUUCCUGGUGCGUUUGAUGAAGGUCUUGUGUUAGAACAGCUUAGAUGCUGUGGAGUCCUUGAAGUCGUGAGGAUAUCGAGAUCCGGAUAUCCUACUCGGAUGACUCAUCAAGAAUUCACCAAACGGUAUGGAUUCUUGGUACCUGAAGAAAUUGCAUGUCAAGAUCCAUUAAGCACAUCGGUUAUCAUUCUGCAGCAGUUUGGUAUUCUCCCCGAGAUGUAUCAAGUCGGUUAUAAAAAAUUAUACUUCCGAGCAGGACAAAUUGCUGCCCUGGAAAAUGUGAGAAAACAAGUUCUACAAGGUACACUUGAAGUGCAAAAGUGUUAUCGUGGUCAUCGUGCUCGUCGAUAUUUUAACGAACUCAAGGGAGGAGUGGUAACACUACAAUCAUAUAUUCGUGGGGAAAUCGCAAGAAAGGACUAUGAUUUCUUGCUUACGAUGAAAAACGAGGUUGCUUGCAAGAAGCUAGAUGAGCAGUUAAUGGCAGUUGUGCAAAUACAAUCUGUAAUUCGCGGAUGCUUGAUAAGAAGGCAUUUUAGCAAACUUCGGAACAGACAGCCGCAUGUUACUAAAUGGAAACCCGGCAGACGAAUAUCUGAAAUCAAGGACUUGCCGCCAGAACUGUUGCCUUCUGUUGUUGAAGAGCUUCAAAAACGGGUAACAAUGGCUGAGAUGACAAUUGCACGAAAGGAAAAAGAAAAUGCGGCAUUAAGAGAGCAAGUACAACAAUACGAUGCACGGUGGUCAGAAUAUGAAUCGAAGAUGAAAUCCAUGGAGGCCACAUGGCAAAAGCAGAUGCAAUCUUUACAAUUGAGUUUGGCUGCAGCGAAAAAGAGUCUAGGCUCAGACAAUACUAACGCUCAACCGGGAAAGAUUAGUGGGACCCAAACACCUUAUUAUGAUUCAGAAGAUACAUAUUUAGGACCUCAAACUCCAAUUGCUACAAACGAAGCUCGAUUCUUGAACAACAAUGGUGGUAUCGAGGCUGCUGAAGUUGGAGAAGAAACUAAUAAUGUUGUCUUAAAUCCAGUCAGCCCUCUCGCCAGAGAGUUUGAACACAAAAAACACAAUUUCAACAGUGAAGCCCACACGAUUGUCGAUAUCAAGACAGGAAAUAAUAAUAAUAAUAUGCCUUCGGGGAAUCUGGUAGAGGAACUGAGAAGACUUAAACACAAUUUCGAGAUUUGGAAAAGGGAUUUUAAGGCUCGAUUAAGGGAAGCAAAGGCGAAACUGCACAGGCUCGGGCAUGCUGAUGGGGAGAAACAUGUUCGCAGGAAAUGGUGGGAAAAGAAAACGAAAAUAUUCUAAGCAUCAAAUCAAUCUUCCUAGUUUUUUUUCCUCUUUUUUUUUAACUGACCUUUUUCACAGAAAUUUGAUGAAAUGACCGUGAGGUUGUGUGAUUCUUUUUCAGGAACAGUAUUGUUGCCUCACAAAAGCGGUUCGGUUUGUGCUAGUUUAUGUGUAAACAAUAUAAUAGGUAGUCGAUCUUUUGUUGUCGUGUGGAAUGAUUAACAGUCCCGCCUGAUAGAUUAAGUGGGAUACACGAGAUGAUGUGCUGUACAGUGUGCUUAAAUAUGGUGUAGCAGUUUAGAUUUUUAGCUGGAACUUGGAUAUAAUGUAGUUUAGUGUUGGAGAAAACUUGGAAGAGAAGUGUUUUGGCAAUUGUACCAGGUUUUUCAAAGACAUUGUAAAGAACCAAGAAUAUAUGGCUAUUGUACCAGGUUAUUCUCUCUGUCAUCAUUAUGGAAAAUACAGGACAUUUUCGAUCUCUUGAACUUGUAUCUCUGUCAUCACAACUUGAUUUAGAAACCCUUUUUAUCACAUUUGUGUUUGCUGAACAAGAGUCUCAAGAACAUAACAAUACCACAUAAAUUCAAGAAUCAACUACCACCAAAAUCAGUACACAAUAAUAACAAUGUUUAUGAUCCAGGCACAAAUUUGGUGGCAUAUACCCAAGCAUUGUUAGCAACUGGGUUAUCAAGAUGGUCCAACAAAUUCUCCAAAGGCCCUUUCCCCGUAACAAUCGCCUGCACGAAAAACCCAAACAUCGAGAACAUGGCCAACCGCCCAUUCUUGAUUUCCUUCACCUUGAGCUCAGCAAAUGUAACCGGGUCGUCCGCCAGGCCCAACGGGUCGAAAUAUUGCCCGCCCGGAUAGAGAUCGUUGCCUUCCCCAACCCCAUCAAGACCGUUGAUUCUAAACCCCUCGACAAGCCCCAUAAGCACGACUUGAAAACCGAGGACCGCGAGUAUGCUUUGUGCAUGGACCAAGUUCGGGUUGCCCAAGUAAUCGAGCCCACCCUCCGAGAAGAUUUGGGCCCCGGCCUUAAACCAAACGGGCUCCUUGAAGUUGACGUUGACCCAUUUCUCGAGGACUUCUGGGGUUAUGCACCCGAGGGCCCCGAGCAUGGCCCACCUCCCGUGGAUCACCUCAAGAGCCCUGUUUUUGGCGAAGGCCUCGGGAUCAGCCGACAAGCCAGCUGUGUCCCAGCCAUAGUCACCGGGGAAUUCUCCAGUCAGGUAAGACGGAGUCUGGGCUGAAAACGGGCCCAAAUACUUGACCCGGUCCGGCCCGUACCACAAAUUCUUACUCUAUAGUAUACGGAAAGAAAAGAUCAAAUUUUUCUAGUUACUAACAUUGCAAAAUUUCAAUUUUCAUUCACAGAUCAACACAAAAUGUAAAAAAGAAAAAGAAAAAGGAAAACAGUGUCAAUUAUUAAUUUAUUACCAUAGUGAAUUUGCCCUUUCCCAUGGGGAUAUCUCUAAAGGGAUUGUAAUUCAUGGUUUGGCCCAAAAACGGUGUUGCCCGGAGGACGGCCGUGGAGCUGGCGGUGGCGGCCAUUGAUGCCAUUUUUUGCUAUAUUUUUUAUUAUUUUUUUUAUCUUUUCUAUUGCAGUGUGUGUAAGGAGAAGAGGGUGUAAGGAGAAGAGUAAAGGGGAGGGACUUUAUGUUGUGAAGGUGAAGAUUUUGUGCAUGGAAAAUUGUGGCUGAG